GCUGUGGGAGCUGUCGGGCAUACAGCGGAUGGGGUUUGUCCUCCUGCCUGAUAGAACUCAGAUCUCAAAGAAUUUUUGAUUUCUUUUCACUGCUGGAACUGUGUCAGUGCGCUGAUCCAGGUUCGGUUCUGCCACACAUCCAGCAUGACUUCAAAGAAAGCUUCAAAGUCAAGCACAAAAGGCAAAGAUGCAGGUAAAAGCCUGUUAUCCAGUAAGAAUGGGAAGAAGCUGGACUCCGGUUCCAGCAGCAGCAACAGUUUCUUCACCUGGUUCAUCGUGCUGGCCCUGCUUGGUGUCUGGACUUCUGUGGCUGUGGUCUACUUUGACUUGGUCGACUAUCAAGGAGUUCUAGACAAGGCUAAGGGCAUACAGAUUAACCUGUCUGAAACCUUGCAAGGUAAACUGGCAGCAUACGACACUGAUGGAGAUGGCGACUUUGAUGUGGAGGACGCUAAGGUGCUUCUAGGCCUGACCAGUUUGGGCUGCGGUCAGGGGGGAGCCCAGGUUCUGGAUUGGUUAGAAGAAGUGGAGGAAGGACUGAAAGAAAAGGCCGCUGACACCUUCACCCGUACUGAGGAUUCUGCUCCUGCUGUGGAUGCUGCGGAACCUGAACCAACACCAGAAGCCAUAGUUGAACCGGACCCUGAGCCUGUGGAAGAUCUGAGUGAGGAUGAGAUUGAAGCUGCUGUGGCAGAGGAGACUGCAGCGCUACCACUAGAAGCUGAACCUGAAGUACCUGCUGAGCCUAAGAUGGUGGAGCCAGAACCAGAACCCGAGGAGAUUCCCAAGGUUUUAGAGGAGGAUCCAGAGGUGCUGGAGGAUGAGCUUCCUGCUGCACAGGAAGACACACCUGUGGAGGAGGAGGCAGCUGAGGAGGAAACUGAAGAGGCCAGGGAUGCAGAACAAACCGAGGACUCUGAUCAGCCCACAGAAGAGGAGAAACGUCCUGCUGAAGUUCUGGAGGAGCCAGUUCAGCAGGAGGAGGAUGCUUCCCCUGAGGUAGAGGCAGAGGAGACCUUCACAGAAGAAGCUGUGGAGGACGUAGCUACCACAGAAGAAGGGGAAGAACCUGUGGAGGAAAUGGGAGAAGCUCCUUCAGAGGAGCCUGCUAUGGAGGGGCCUGCAGAAGAAGAACCUGGACACUCAGAGGAUGUAGCUGAGGAAGAGACAGAGCCCUCAGAGGAGGCUGCUGUAGAAAAACAACCUGUGGAGGAGAAGGAAGCUUUCUCAGAAGAACCAAACAUAGAAGAAGAAGCUGAUGAGCAGAUGGAGCCUGCAGAAGAGGAGGAGCCUAUGGGGGAGGUGGAGACUAUGGAGGAGGUGGAGCCUACGGAGGAGGAGGGGACUGUAGAGGAGGAGGAACCUUUAGAGGAGGAGGGACCUGUAGAGGAGGGGGCUGUAGAGGAGGAGGGGCCUGUAGAGGAGGGGGCUGUAGAGGAGGAGGGGCCUUUAGAGGAGGAGGCUGUAGAGGAGGAGGGGCCUGUAGAGGAGGAGGGGCCUUUAGAGGAGGAGGCUGUAGAGGAGGAGGGGCCUGUAGAGGAGGAGGGGCCUUUAGAGGAGGAGGCUGUAGAGGAGGAGGGGCCUGUAGAGGAGGGGAGGGAGUUUGAAGAAGCCACAGAGGCAGCUGCUCUGGAGGAAACUCCUGAAGAAUUAGAGGAGGAUCAAUCAGUUCCAGAUAAAGAAGAGGUAAAGGAGGAAGCAGAGGAAGAGACGUAGAGGCAGCAGCACUCACUGUGCUGAUGGAGCCGCUGAUGGAUCAGCGCGAUCUGAACUCGCUCAGAGUCUUGCAUUUCUCCAUGUACAGAGAAGUCUCCGUGACAACCCCACCCCAUCUUCAUUUCCUCUUUUUAAAAUGUUCCUUUAGUAAAAAUGUGAGACUUUGGAUAAAUUGUUUACUGAACGGUAUUCCUGUUUGUUUUUCCCCUUCCUAUAUUUUCCUCAUUCCUUUUUGCAUUUUUUUUGUUUGUUUUUGUUUUUUUGUUUUGUUUGUUUAUUGUUGUGGGCUUUUUUUUAUUUAGCACCAUAAGUUGCUCGGAGUUUGGGGAAUGUUUGGGAUAUGUGUGCGUGUUUGAUACCUACAAUAUCAAACUAUUUCUUAGCUUUAUUUUUGAGUCUUUCUGUAUAAUAAUUUUGUUUUAGAGCCAGAUUCUGCUGCAGUUUCAUUGAUGUUAGUAAUGAAGUCAAACUUUACUCUGAAAUGUUGGUCCGAAUGCUGCCAGAGGACAUUUCCUGUCUUCUGACUAGAACCUCGUUCAUGCAGUCAGUCCGGUCGGCUCUCUUCCUUCUUUCAUGUAAAUGUUGAGGUCAACUCUGGCCACUUCUGAUUCUAUGCAAAGGUGAGGCAGCGUUCACCUCACCACCCCUACACCUCCCUCUGUCUACUCCAGAUCAGAAAAAUGACCACUCCUGGAUGAGCCAUAUGCUAGGACCUGCACUCUGGCAGAAAACUGUAUGUGUGUGAAUGUGUAUAAGAUUGAGUUGUCUGUUGAGCGUUUAUUCAAUCAGUUCUUUCUGAGCCCUUGCAAUCAGGAUGUCUUUGUUUGAGACUUUACCUCUUGUUCCUCCUCUCAGUGUGUUUGACUGACUAUUUGCUCUGUAAGCUCCGUUUCUCUGGUAUCAUCACCUGACCGAAAACAAGUUGUCACAAGUUUUAAAGUGAAGCUUCAGGUCAUGAAGUGUGAACUGUCAGACAUGCAGACACAGGCCAGCUGUGGAUUCUGGCUGCACUGAAGCAUUUUCUCUCCAUGACAUCCAAUCGUUCUUCUUGUUUUGACUCAUGGGGCAUCAAACAGAUCAACCAUUAUGUUUUUGAGGAAACUUCAGCCAGGGGUGUCCCGAUACAACUUUAUCGGUUUUGGCUGAUACUGAUAUUAACUAGAGGCAAUGUCAGCACAACUUAAGCAUCCUUUAAUUCUCACCACCCCCACACCUCCAUGAGGAGGUGUGGGGGUGGUGAGGGGCAGAGGAAGUGGGCACUACUACAUUGUAGUGUGCAAUGUUUGAAAAGGCUUGAUCAAGUGAUUUUACUCCAGUAGUCAACAACAGGUAUGAGAACAACUGACUCAUUUAUUAUUAAAUAUGUCUACCUGUGGAUGGAGAUACUGGGGCAGGCUAAAUGCUUAGAAUGCUUAAUAUCAUUGUGCUUCUGUCAGACGUUUUAAAUGCAGGCCGAUUUAAUCUGAUGCUAAUUUAUCGGAUCAGUUCCUGAUACCGGAUCGGGACACCCUUAGCUUCAACUAGCUGUGAGUUAAAUUGUGUUGUUUAACUUCCCAGUUCUGUCUUAAAGGGAUACCUUUUAUUAUUCCACCAUUUUUUUUUUACCUUCACAACAUACAAACUUGAUGAAAUAUUUUCCUACAAAUUCAACCAUGAUUGAUUUUAAUGUAAGUAUACAAACUGUAUUCUGGAUAUUGCAGAAGCUGACUUGUAAACUGAGCAUCCAUCACUAAGCUGCUGAAAUCCAUUGACACACUACCAAUCAGAGACACUGAUGAAACGAUUCAGUUUCUGCACAACCACAUUGGAAAGCAGCUUUGGUGUCUCUAACCUCAACAUGUUGUUGGGAAUGUGUGCUAUCUGUGUUUUUGUCUUGUAACACUAACUGGUAUUAUUUUUACUUCCUCGCCCUUUGUAAGUGGCUGUGAACUGAAAGACCUUUUUAGUGUUGAACAUUACAAGCCUUACUAAAAGAGCUUCUAGAUUUUUAAAAUGAACCUUUCUAAAAGUCAAGAGAAACUACAUGAAGCCUGUUUUAAGAAGACAUAAGCUGUGUGACAGGCAGAUUGAAGGGACCAGGCCACUUACAGUGUGUUAUGAAAUAAACAGUAGUGCAAUAAGUUAAAGGCACAGAUCAGCCAGGUCACACCAGAGAAUCCCUGUGAACCAGACCUUCAUCUCUAAUUAGUGGGAUACAUUCUCAGCCUGACCGCUUUAGAGGAGGAUGCCUCUGUCUAUGUUCUCUGUUUCAGUCUGCAGAACUGCUGCUCUUCUCUGGACAGUGACUGUGGUGAAUAAAUUAUUGUCAUUCCAGCAUGGUUUGUUUUUGAUUUUUGAAAUGGCAUAGUUUUCUGUAAAAACUAUUCUGGAAGCUACAAUAAAAUGUUUGGGACAACA